AGGCUGCACCCUACCCGCUCGGCUGCGGCUGCGGAGCCCCCAGCCCAGCCCCGGCCCGUGGAGCCACAGCCCGUUCCCGGACGAGGCCAGCUGGACCCUUCGGGUCACUACAUCCAACCCAGCCAGGCCAGUGCCUCCCCACCUCCCUUUCAGGUGUGGCUCCUCUCCUUGCCUCCCAUUGCACUGUCCCCUGCCUGGCCAGCCCCUCCCAGACCUCAGGCUGACCCUCUCUGCUCCUAAACCUCCGUAGCCUGGCCACCAACCCCAGCCUUCUCUGUUCCCUCACCUCAGCGGGGGCCAUGAAGCCCCCCUCGGGGCCGGAGGAAGCCCGGCGGCAGGCCUCGGACAUCAGUGUGUUCGCCAGCAGCUGCACGCUACACGGGCUGAGCCAUGUCUUUGGUCGAGGAAGCCUGACCCCGCGCCGGGGGCUGUGGGCCGUGGCCAUGCUCCUGUCGAUGGCUGCCUUCCUCUACCAGGUGGCAGAGAGGGUGCGCUACUACGGGGAGUUCCAUCACGAGACGGCCCUGGACGAGCGCGAAAGCCACCAGCUCAUCUUCCCGGCCAUCACCCUGUGCAACAUCAACCCGCUGCGCCGCUCACGUCUCACGCCCAACGACCUGCACUGGGCCGGGCCCUCGCUGCUAGGCCUGGAGCCCUCUGAGCACGCCGCCUUCCUACGCGCGCUGGGCCAGCCCCCCACACCACCCGGCUUCAUGCCCAGCCCCACCUUCGACAUGGCCCGGCUCUACACCCGGGCUGGGCACACCCUGGAGGACAUGCUGCUGGACUGUCGCUACCGCGGCCAACCCUGCGGGCCUGAGAACUUCACUGCGAUCUUUACCAGGAUGGGUCAGUGCUACACCUUCAACUCCGGUGCGGAUGGGGCAGAGCUUCUCACCACCCCCAAGGGCGGAGCGGGCAAUGGGCUGGAGAUCAUGCUGGAUGUGCAGCAGGACGAGUACCUGCCCGUGUGGAAGGACAUGGAGGAGACCCCGUUUGAGGUGGGGAUCCGAGUGCAGAUCCACACCCAGGAGGAGCCACCAAGCAUCGACCAACUGGGCUUUGGGGCAGCCCCUGGCUACCAGGUUUUUGUGUCUUGCCAGCAGCAGCAACUGAGCUUCCUGCCACCACCCUGGGGCGACUGCAGCUCCGCAUCCCUAGACCCCGACUUUGAGCCAGAACCCGCUGGUCCCCUGGGUCCCCCCAGCCCCAGCCCCGGCCCCAGCCCUCCCUAUAGUCUAAUGGGGUGUCGCCUGGCCUGCGAAACCCGCUAUGUGGCUCGGAAGUGCGGCUGCCGAAUGAGUAAUUUUAGUAGUAAAGGUAUUAAUAUGAAGAAGAGGUUUACUCAGAGUUCCAAUAGACCAGGGAACGCGCACCAGGGCGCGUCCAGUGAGCAUUCCCGCCCCCUUUCCUCCAGGGAGAACGUACUGGUGCUGGACAUCUUCUUUGAGGCCCUCAACUACGAGACAGUGGAGCAGAAGAAGGCCUAUGAGGUGUCAGAGCUGCUAGGCGACAUUGGGGGCCAGAUGGGGCUGUUCAUCGGGGCCAGCCUGCUCACCAUCCUCGAGAUCCUGGACUACCUCUGCGAGGUGUUCCUAGACAGGGUCCUGGGAUACUUCUGGAACCGGAAGCGCUCCCAAAGGCCCUCCAGCACCCAUCUGGCCUUCCACCCCUCCCUGUGCCGUCACCAGGACUCUUUCUGCCUCCCACCGCACCUGCUACCUCGUCACACGGCUCUAGACCUGGUGUCUGUGUCUUCAGGGCCGAACCUCAACAUCCUGGACACGCUCUGCCUGCACAUGACUUUGCCAUCUUCAUCCCAAAUAAAGUUCUAGUGCAUCCGCC